AUGUCUACCAGUACUAGUACACCCCCAGUUACCCCUGCAACAGCGAAUUUGUUACCUCCGCCACAACCUAUGGACGUGAAGGGACAUUGUGCAACUAACUGGCAAUUUUUUAGAGACACAUGGAAGAAUUAUGAAAUUGCAACAGAACUAAAUCUUAAGUCGGAAGAGAUAAGAGUAGCUACCUUACUUACGGUCAUGGGCAAAGACUGUUUUCAAAUAUUUCAGAAUUUAGCCCUGAGUGAUGAUGAUCGCAAGGACUCUAAAAUAAUACUGGAAGCUUUGACAAAUCAUUUUGAGCCACAACGCAACAUUGUUUAUGAGAGAUACGUGUUUAAUACUUGUACACAAGAGCCCAGUGAAGGGAUUGAUGCCUAUGUGAACAGGCUGCGGAAACUCAGUGCCACUUGCAAGUAUGGAACGCUUUUAGAUGAAAUGAUCAGAGACCGUAUUGUGAUAGGGGUGAGAGACUCUGUUGUCCGGGCUAGAUUGUUGCGUGAAAAGGACCUUACAUUAGCAAAGUGUAUUGACACGUGUCGUGCGAGUGAAAUGACGACGCAGCAACUUAAAGCCAUAGAUGGUGAGGUUGAAACUGUGCAUGCUGUGAAACCAAAAAUGAAAAAAGCCGGGACAAAGAUGAAGACGGCAGUAUCUGAACACAAGACAGACAAGAAAGGAGAGCAAAAACAGAAGAGCCAUUCGGAUUGUAGCUACUGCGGGACGCAACAUCCCAAGCGUCAAUGCCCAGCAUGGGGUCGCCGCUGUAAGAAGUGUGGACGACUAAAUCAUUUCGCUAGCAUGUGUAGGUCACAAGGGGCCAAAGUCCACCAAGUCGAUAAUUCUGAUCCUGAAGAUAGCGACUCCGAAUCGUCAGUAUUCACAGUUAAAACCGGCAGGACCACAUAUCUUGUUGAACCAUCAGUCCAAUACAAGAGAAGCAGCUCUUGGAUGCCACAAGUAUUCCAAUUAGACAAUGGAGCAGGUGUAAACUGUUUGAGAUAUGAGGAUUGCUGUCGCAUAAUGAGCACUAAUGAGCCAGUCUUGAAGAAAAGCAGCAAGAGACUAACCUCAUACAGUGGUAACCGUGUUGAGAAUAUGGGGCAGGUGACACUUAACAUGAGAAUAAACAACCGUGAAGAAUACGUAAAGUUUCAUGUAGUGAAAAAUGUCACUUGUUCGUUACUCAAUGGAGAGACAUCAGAGAGAUUUGGUCUGAUGAAGAUAAAGAGAGAUGUUCUCAUCAACGUUGUUAGCACGGAACUGUCAGAGGAUGAUAUCUUCGCCAAGUAUAAUGAUGUGUUUAGUGGUUUAGGUGACCUAGGAGAAUACCACAUUGAGCUGGACCCUAAGGUUAUACCAAAACAAGACUCACCAAGGUCCGUACCAGUAGCUUUGAGAAAAGAGCUAAAAGAAAAGCUGGCGAGCAUGGUGAAACAAGGCAUCAUUGAGAGGGUAAAUCAGCCAACGGAUUGGAUAAGCUCGAUGGUGGCGGUGAGGAAGCCAGGCAAGUUAAGAAUAUGCCUAGACCCAAAAGAACUCAACAAAGCUGUAAAGAUUCCAAAAUUCAAACUUCCAACCUUGGAGGAAGUAAGUGCAAACUUGACUAAUGCAAAAGUAUUUAGCGUUAUAGAUGCUAGAGAUGGUUUCCUUCAGGUGAGAUUAGAUGAGGAGUCCAGCCUUCUUACGACAUUCAAUACGCCAUUUGGCAGGUAUCGUUGGCGACGUUUACCAUUCGGCAUCUCAUCAGCCCCGGAAGAGUUCCAGAGGCGAGUUAUAGACCUACUGGACGGUCUUGACGGAGUCCAGACCAUCGCAGACGACAUCCUGGUGUAUGGUAAAGGAGAUACCUCUGAGGAAGCGAUCAAGAAUCAUGACGAAAAUAUGAUAGCACUAUUAGAGAGAUGUCGUGAGAGGAACUUCAAAAUGAACAAGACUAAGCUUCGAUUCAAAUUGAACUCAGUUACUUAUCACGGGCACGUGAUCUCAGAUGAAGGUUUGAAAGCAGAUCCAUUGAAGGUGCAGGCCAUAGUAGAAAUGGAAAGGCCGGAGAACGCUAAAGCGGUGAAAAGACUAAUUGGCAUGGUGAAUUACCUGGCCAAGUUCUGCCCUCAUUUAUCAACAGUGAGCGAACCACUGAGACGCUUGACGACUGAAGAUGCACCCUUUAUAUGGUCAGAUCAGCAUGAGCAGACGUUCUGUACAUUGAAACAAAUGUUGACAAUGACCCCAGUUUUGAGAUACUAUAGCCUAACAGAGGAAGUUACAGUAGAAGCCGAUAGCAGCGAUUACGGGUUAGGUGCAGUCUUACUGCAAGCUGGACAACCUGUAGCUUUUGCAUCAAGGGCAUUGUCCAAAACAGAGCGCAACUAUUCUCAGAUGGAAAAAGAAUGUUUGGCCAUAACAUUUGCAUGUAACCGUUUCGAUCAGUAUCUCCAUGGCCGAGACUAUAUCACAGUACUCACGGAUCACCAAAACCUAGAGACAAUAUUCAAGAAACCAAUCUUGGCUGCCCCAAAGCGACUUCAACGCAUGCGCCUCAGGCUACAGAAAUACCAUAUUGAGGUGAAGUACCAGCGUGGUAAAAAGAUGUAUAUCUCUGAUGCAUUAUCUAGAGCAACUGCGUCCAAGUCAGUAACUACCAAGGAGAACUCAGAUUACGAGAUUUACGCAGUAGAAUCCGAGCAGAAGUUGGCCAAAGAAGUCGAGGAGAUUGAUUACUCGCAGUACAACAAUGUGUCCGAUGAGUCUCUGGAGCAAGUAAAGACUCAUACACUUCGGGAUGACGCUAUGCAGUCACUGCUGAUCCUAGUCAUGGAAGGAUGGCCUAGUGACAAAACUCAAGUUCCCCUGUUAUGCCGUGAAUACUGGCCAUAUAGAGACGAGUUAUCCUGUCAAGAUGGCAUCCUCUAUCGAGGCACCAGAGUAGUAAUUCCUACUAUCUUACGUAAACAGAUGCUGGAGAGAGUCCAUGCAACUCAUCAAGGAACAGAGACAGCUAUACGUAAAGCUAGAGAUGCGAUUUUCUGGCCUCAGAUCAGCAAUGACAUUCGCAAUGUGGUAGCAACUUGCAACGUCUGUCAGGAAAAUCAGCCUCGCCAACAGAAAGAGCCAAUGCAUUCUCAGCCUAUACCCAAGGAGCGAUUUGAAAUCGUCAGCAGUGAUUUAUUUUCCAUUCAAGGGGAACAUUAUUUGCUGCUUGUAGAUCAUUUCUCAAAGUACUGGGAGAUCACUCAACUCAGUGACACUACUUCAGAAGCAGUGAUCAAUGAAUUGAAGCAGCAGUUUGCUCGACAUGGCAUUCCAAAGCUGUUUAUCUCUGACAACGGGCCUCAAUAUCAGUGUCAGCAAUUCCGAGAGUUCACCGAGGCGUGGAAGAUUAACCAUCAUACAUCAUCUCCCCACCACCCCAGUGGUAACGGCACAGCUGAGGCAGCUGUUAAAGUGGCAAAGACCCUGAUCAAGAGAACAAAACAAGACGGUACCGAUUUGUGGUUAGCAGUUUUAGAGCACAGAAACACGCCAGCCGCAGACAACACGGGGAGUGCAGCACAAAAGUUGAUGAGUAGGCGCACUAGAUCGCUCAUUCCCGUACGCUGUGACAAGCUAGAGCCAAUAGUAGUACCAAAAGACCAGGUAUUUCAGAAACAAGUAAACCAGAAGAGAAUAGCAAAGAAGUGUUAUGACAAAGGAAGCAAGGAACUGCCUCCUCUGGUUAUCGGACAGCCUGUGCGUACCAAUCUAAGGCCGCAAUCGUCAGUCUCAUGGUCUGCUGGCAGAAUAGUGGAGAAACUCGCCCCUCGAUCCUAUCUAGUGGAGCAAGACAACAAAAUUUACCGCAGGAACCGUAGUCACCUCAGACCUAGUCGAGAGGUCACCACUCCAAACCAAUCCCGGGGGACAGUAGCUGCAGAAACACCAGAGGUACCGAUUAAACCCACUGACGUUACCAGCGAACCAAUUAUGAUACCCAGUCCCAUAAAGUCAACUCCCAGUACGCCGUGCAAAACUACACCUCCACCACAGAGCAGUGAAGAGGAGGUCCAUACCACUCGGUUCGGUAGACUCUUGAAGAAGCCAAAAUACUUAGGAGAUUAUGUUGUGUAUUCUAAGUGA